AUGCGCUCAUAUCGCAUAUCCAAUAUACCAAAGCAGUUGGAAGAAGACGAUCUCAAAGGUCUUCUUGGUGAAUCCGCAUCCAUCGAUGUAUUUGCGCCCGCCGCCAACACAACUGAUUCGGAAACGAAAAAGGUGGCAUUGAUCAGCUUCGAGCAGGAACCUGACCCCCUUUCGAAGAAAACCUCCGUGCGGCUUCCAAAGGCGCUCUUGGACAAGGCUGGACUAAAAAGGUGUGACCUUGUGAUUGAUACCGACUUCUUAGGGCUUACCCCACUCAACGCACUCGACGAAACCGUAUUAAUAGAUGUCAUCGCGGUUACCGGGCUCGGGGGACACGCCUUUGGGUCGUGGAAGGCAAAGAAUGGAGAUUUCAUGUGGCUGCGCGAUGCCCUACCAACGGACAUUAGUGGUCUUAGAAUUCUAACAUACGGAUAUGAAUCUAGUCUGAUUGGAAGCACAUCUUUUGCUAGCAUACCAACCUACGCAACGGAACUUCUUCACAGCUUAAUGGGUGCUCGGUGCCAUGAUGAUAGCCUACGGCCUAUGGUUCAUGGCCAGCCCAAUCACGCGCUAGUUGAUGAUCUGAGGCCAGAGUCCACCUUUCUGGACACACUACAUCGUAACUUUUGCAACCAUUUCACGUUUGCGGAUUCCGAGAUAAUUUCAUUUUGGGAAACAAAGCAGUCACAGACUGCUCGGGAGCAAGGAGAUGGAACGUGGAAAAUGAACGGCCCGAUGGAGGUUUUAGUCUCCAAGUCAUCAGCAACGGGUAGCAGGCCAAAUGAGCCAUUGUUCAACGAUUAUCCUAUCAAUGCCACACAUUCAGAAAUUGUGAAGUUUAAAACACCGAUGGACGGUAAUUACACUCUUGUACGAGACAAGGUUAAACAGUUUCGUGACGAGGCACCCUCAAAGGUUAUGAAACGGUUCUGCUCGAGCGAUUCGGUUAGCGACACUGAUAGUUCACUCCGCCUGAUGAACGGCUGGAGCCACCUACAUCUUGCAAGCCACAAGGGCGACAUUGAAAAGGUGAAGCAGCUCCUGAAGGAAGGCGCGGCAAUCGCAGGAACUGCCAACAACGGGGCGACGGCCCUUCACCUGGCAUCAAUUGCGGGGCACGAGUCCGUCGUAUGGCUGUUACUGGACAAAAAGGCGAGUACCGAAGCAGUUGACUGCUUCGGAUCGACUGCUUUAUUCAGCGCUUGUGAAGGUGGAAAUGAGAAUGUCGUGAAGCUGCUGCUUGAGAAAGGAGCAUAUAUCACAACACGAAACAACAAGGCUCUGACGCCUUUGCAUUGUGCCGCGAUGAAUGGGAAAGAGCUUGCGGCAAGAGCAUUGUUGGAUCACAAACCGGAUAUCAUCGAGGAACAAAGCUCCGAAUUUCUCACACCUCUACAUUCCGCUGCAAUAGCUGGUUAUUGUCCUAUGGUAAACCUUUUGUUCAACCGUAAAACAACUAAGGAGGCAGUCGAUACGAACAAAGCCACACCAUUGCACCACGCAUGUUUGCACGGAGCUGAGGAGGUUGUCAAGGAGCUGUUACUUGCAGGAGUCAACAUUGAAGCUAAAACCACCAUAGGAUGGACACCUCUCUAUACUGCUGCUAGUAAAGGGCACAGAGGCAUUGUUGAGCUCUUGCUAAGUAGAAAAGCAAAUAUAGAGGCAAAGACUAACGAGGGCUGGACAGCAUUACACGCCGCCUCUAACCUUGGUCAUGGGUCAACAGUAAAGUUAUUGUUGGAGAAAUUCGCCAUUGUCGAACCGAUUUCUGUGACCGGCGGGACACCAUUACAUGCAGCAUCGGUCACUGGACGAGAUAGCAUAGUGAGCUUGCUAUUGGAUUUUGGAGCCCGCAUAGAGACAAAGACCACACCAGGGUGGACAGCGUUGUAUAUUGCCGCGUAUGAGGGUCAAGAAGGGGUGGUACGCGUGUUGCUGGAUCGGGGAGCAGAUAUUGAUGCAAGAAUGCUAGACAAUAAGAGGCCUCUGCAUUGUGCAGUCCUGAGCGGACGCGAUCUUAUGGCAGCUUUCCUUCUUGCUCGAGGGGCCGACAUCGAAGCGAAAGGUUACUGUGACGCAUUACUCCCCCAGAUGUUUCCUGAACAGGAUCGACGUAAGACAGUCCGCAUCACUGAAACACCGCUGCAACUGGCUUCAGUGAUGGGAUAUACCUCACUUUGCAAGCUUUUUAUAGACCGUGGAGCAGAUUUGGAAGCAGGAAGUAUGGGGUACACAGGCUUACAUGGAGCAUGUCUGCAAGGCUCUGUUGAUGUCCUUAGCACCUUGCUGGAUCCAGGCGCAAAUAUUGAGGUUCGAGGCCUAGACGGCGUCACCCCUUUACAUAUGGCAUCGGCCAAGGGUUAUGCCGAGUGCGUUCGUAUUCUACUCGAUCGGAGGGCGCAGGUUGAGGCCAAAACAAAGUCUACUUGGACCGCACUGCAUUUUGCAUCAAGUAAUGGUCAUGGGCGGGUUGUACGAACACUGCUCAUUCGGCAGGCAAAUAUCGGGGCAACAGACUGGUUAUGGCGAACGCCAUUAAGUCUUGCAAAGAAUGGCAGGCACUCGGACGUUGUUGAACUGCUCACUGAGCGCGGUGCGAGAGAAAGCUCUUGGUGGAGACGCUCUCCAGGUCCUCCUGUCUCGAGCAAAUCUGACACUAGACUCAAACCUAAAGACAUACCUUCUGAGGCGGAGGAGAAACCAGUCCCUGGGGACCUACAUGUCGAUGCCAGAGUGAAUAUCCACGCACCAGCUAAAUCAGGACGCGUUGAUGGUAGUCACAUAUCUUACGCCGGGUCGAAUGUAGGAAGCACCACAACAAAUCAGCAUCUUGCACUUCCAAAGCCUUCGAUUGUCACCACUACGCCUCCCAUGUCACAUUCACACAAUGAGGCAGGGUCGUCUAAAAGAAAGAGGGAUCCGUUUGAAGAGGAUGACGAUUCAAACCAAAUUAAGAAAAGAAAAGAUGAUGGCACAGAGACGCAGGAGAAGGGAGAGGAAGAAGAGGUAGAUUCCCAAAGUGCAGAUGACUGGCCUAUUACCAAGAGCAUUGUCUCCCUGCUUACAGGGUGGUGA